GGGACCUGAGGCAGUGGCGGUGUUUGUUCAGUCAUGGCGGCCCCGGCUGAGGGCAGCGAGAGGGCGGCGGCGGCGGGAGAGGAGCGGCCGGGACAGGCCCAGGCCGACAGGGGCAGCUUCGAGUGUAACAUCUGCCUGGACACCGCCAGGGACGCGGUCAUCAGCCUCUGCGGCCAUUUAUACUGCUAUUUUCCGGCUGGGAAUGGGGCUCGCUUGGGUGGCUGCGUGUGUUUGGAUGCUCGGAACUGUGCGGAGUUUGGGCGUCGAGAUGCUGCCUGGGUCACGGGACCUGGAAUGACCCUGCGUAGAUGGCUAGAGAUGAGACCGAAUCGGAAAGAAUGUCCCGUCUGCAAAGCUGGUAUCAGUCAGGAGAAGGUUAUCCCCCUGUAUGGGCGAGGCAGCAGCAGUGAGCAAGAUCCCAGACUGAAGACUCCACCCAGACCACAAGGUCAGAGAACCGAAGCUGAGAAUAGAGGGAGUUUCCACGGAUUUGGAGACACUGGAUUCCACAUGUCCUUUGGAAUCGGAGCAUUUCCUUUUGGGUUCUUCACAACAGUCUUCAAUUCCGGUGAGAACAGACAGAGAGCAGACAAUGACCGGCACCAUCCAACCAACGGGGGCCUAGACUGGGACAACUACUUUGGGCCGAUCCGAGGUGGCAACAACAACAGCAACAACUGGGACUCGCUCUUUCUGUUUGUGGCCAUCUUUUUCUUCUUCUGGCUGCUCAGCGUGUGACUGCCUGAAAUGUUCUGGGUACAAAUGUGGGCAAAGAUUUCCUGUAGUCUAUUGGGGGGUUCAUACUGAUCAAUAAAUGCCAAAGCCAACCAGAAA